CCAACAGGAAGUCAGACGCUGCGCGCUUCCGCAUAGAGGAGCUCCCACGUGUUUCAUCAGCCUGUGGUUUGUUGCUGUUUAGCAGCUAGCUAAAAGCCAAAUUAUUCUGUUCUUUUUGUGGUUAUUUAUACCAGUAAGAUGAGUCCUCGGUGUGAAUGCUGCGGAGAGCACAUUAAUAAACUGAAUCAGCAGAUUUCUGUGAUGCGGAAAGAAAUCAAGAACCUGAGGCAGAUGUUGGACAGUGCAGUUAGAGGUCAUCGCAAACAUUUGACAUCCAUUCAGUCUGCUGUGUCAAAGAUUGGACUCCGUGAACCUGAUAAGGUCCAGAUACCAACAUCACCUCCGUCACCAGCUGCAGCACAGACUGCAUUAGAGCAAGGAAACAUCCAGACAGCCCCGAUUGGUUACAUCAGUUCCUGUUUCUCUGUGAAGAACGGGACACCCAGACAGCCCACCAUUUGUGGCCCCUCAAGGGCCGAACUCCGCAUCCAGCAGAGUGUCUUCAAUAACCCCGAACACGCUCUGGUGGGUCUGGAGCAAUACUCACAUGUCUGGAUCAUCUUUCUCUUUCACAAAAAUGGGCAUCUGAGUUACAAAGCCAAAGUGAAGCCUCCCAGACUCGACGGCAAGAGGGUUGGUGUGUACUCGACACGCAGUCCCCACCGGCCUAAUGCCUUAGGCCUGACUCUGGCUAAACUUGAUAAGAUUGUAGGUGAUACGGUACAUCUGUCAGACAUCGACAUGAUUGCUGGCACCCCAGUCCUGGACAUCAAACCCUACAUCCCAGAGUACGACUCCCCCAACACCAGGAUGGACACAGAGCCUUAUGAUUCAGACCAAUCACAGGCCACUUCUGAUGCACUAAAUGAGAGAGCGGACACAUUAAACAUCCAUGAUGAUCAGUCAGGCCUAAAACGUGCAAGAACUGAUGAUGGCGACUUAGGGAGUCUCCCCUCAAGCGACAAACCUGAACCAUCUCAGUCAGUCAGUGCUCAGUUUGACCUUCACAAAGACCUACACAAUGUGCUGGAGGAGAUCAAAGUCUAUGUGACCCAAGGCGACCUCUGCCAGCUGAGUUGUAACAGCGAAGAUAAAGUUUCAGACUCUCCCAAAACCAAACCACGGGAGUCGACAGUGGACCGCCCGUUCUAUGGAGAGGAGGCCUACAGCACCAUCGCUGGCUGGAUCAGAGAGCCUCCUGUUGGCAGUCUGGAGGUUCGCUUCACCCCUCAGGCUGAGAGAGAGUUAGCUGACUUCCUUCCCACACACCUGUCAGGUCCCUCUGAAAGUGACAGCCCGAGGUUCAAGUUCCUCCACAGUCCAGAGGAGGCUGCUGCCGCCAUCAGAGGGGUGCUAUCGGCAGAUCCGCGGUCAGUCUACAGGAGGACACGCUGCAGAGACAGACUCUUCUUCUUCACCCUGGACACGGCUGACAUCACCUGCUGGUUUGGACGAGGCUUCGCUGAGGUGCUGCAGGUCCGACCCGUUGAGCAACACGUCGCCUCAAUGUGAGAAACUCUGUCAGUGAAAGCUUCGAAGCUGGGAAGACUUACUUUUCAUGUUUGUUGAGAAACAAAAACAGAGCCUGUCAAAUAUUCCUCACUUUGACAUUUUCAUGUAUUUUCUCUACUGACAAAUGUGUAUUCACGUGUAUAAAUGUGUACAUUUAGGGCUUCUUAAAAUCAGACACAUGAAAGAUGAGAUACAUUCAAUUUUGUAUCAGUGGAUUAAAUAAAAAGGUUUUUUUGAACAGAAA